AUGAGAGAGGUACACGUCAACAAUUACAAGUACGAAGAUGAAUUGGAAUUUUUCAUCCAGCUACUGAACAAAACUGCUCUUCAGGAGAUCGGUGCAAGAGAUACUGUUAGAAUCGAAAAUCCUCCGCUUGAUUCGCCGACAGAAGAGGAAGUGGCCGAUGAUGUGAUCCGAGUUGAUGUGAGGCACUCCCAAUCAAGUGCGUUAAAGAAGCUGCAUGACAUCAUCGUUUCUCCUAUUGCUGAUCUGAUCGAAGGCAACGAGCAAACAUUCGUUCCUGAGGGGCCAUUUUGUCUUGUACCUCUUGCAGCGUUGCAGGACUCGGACUCAUCGUAUCUAAGUGAUUCUUUCAGAAUUCGUGUGCUUCCCUCUCUGACGACGUUGCAACUAAUUCAUGAUUGUCCAGCUGACUUUCACAUGAAGACAGGAGCAUUGCUUGUCGGCAACCCAUGUUUCAAAGAUCAGGGAAGACGUUUAGUGCAACUUACAGGAGCAAGGAAAGAAGUGGAGAUGAUCGGACGUAUCCUUAAUGUCUCUCCCCUCAUUAGAGAAAUGGCAACAAAACAUGAAGUCUUGAAACGAAUAUCAUCAGUGGCGUUAGUUCACAUAGCAGCGCACGGUAAAAUGGAAACUGGAGAAGUUAUCUUGGCGCCAAACACCACAAGAGAAAACCCUCAGCCGCAAGAAAAAGACUAUCUACUGACGAUGAAAGAUGUGAGAGAAGCUGGGAUGCGAGCACGUCUGGUUGUACUUAGCUGCUGUCACACUGCUCGUGGGGAGGUCAUGGCUAAGGGUGUGGUCUGCAUGGCGCGUGCACUUUUGGAUGCCGGUGCUAGAUCUGUUGUGGUAACCUUGUGGGCGAUUGGCGACGAGGGGACCCUGGAGUUCAUAAGUUUCCUUUACGAUGCACUUGCCAAAGGCAAGAAGGCAAGUGAAGCUCUCAAUCAGGCCAUGAAGUGUAUGAGAGAAAUUGAAAAGUUCAAGGAGGUGAUUCACUGGGCACCAUUUGUACUCAUUGGUGACGACGUCAACCUGGAUUUCAAGGAUAUUUAGAAGCUGUAGUAAGUAGAUACUUUUUUUAUACAUUCUGUUCAAUACAAAGUUGCAUUAAAUCAGAAUUAUUGCUUAUGUGUGAGCACUGAUACUUUCGUAUGAUUUUCCUUUCAGUUGGGUUACGAAUUUAUUUUUCGCUCCGGCAAAUUGAGAUGCAUUACAACCAAGUGGACACGUUUACGAUGAUAUCAUUUUUUUUAGGAAACAUGAUAGGAGUAAAACAGCAAAUUAGUUAAGGUUAUCACAUGAUUUCGAGUGCAAUUUGGAAUAAAUAAGCACAAGUAAAUUUUUUUUAAGACUAACAAAAUUGCAUGAGCCCGUAGGGUGAGUGCAAUUUGUGGUCUUUGAAAAAAUUAACGAGUGCUUAUUUAUUCCAAAUUGCGCCAGAAAAAUCAUGUGGUUACGUAUUAAUAAUAUACAUUGAAAAAUGCGAGAUAGCUUAUCAUAAUUACACAGAAGCAAAGUGCGCAUAUCAAGUGCAAAAAUAAUCUAUUUAAACCCUGCAAGUGACAUUGUGCGUUCGGUCAAAACAACCGCGUACGAUCAAAACAAUAACAUAUAAUCAUAUUUUCACAUCUUUAAGGCGCAAAAAAGCUCAAAUUCCAGCUAAACAGUUCAAGGAACUGUUCAGUCUCUGUCCGAAUCACUUUCGAUGAAAUGGAAUCGUCGUUUCCGAGGUUUAACCAUGUUUGUUUAUAGUUUCGGCGUAGAAUCGCUCGAGUUAAGCGUUAAACUGGGUCGGCUCGUAAUUUUCGAUUUCCCUGGCAGCUCCCUUCUCUGAUCACUACUUUUUCCAAACUGACAACCAAAGAGCAAUGCUUUUUACAGUGUUUUCGUUGUUGGAGCUGUUUUUCAGCUGCUGUAAGAUGCCGGCUAUUGUUUUGAUCGCAGAUUUUCAGCGUAUCCAAAUGUUGCGACAUCAAAGGCUCGCACUUGAUAGGCUAUCUGUGAGUUUCUUUGUUUAAUGACCAAUCAGAAUGUCUGGUUUGUUAUACUUCUUUGCACUGAAUUAACCCUCUUCUGCACUGAAUUACCUGAAAACUGCAUUUAUCUUAACCAAUCAGAACUGAGUAUUUUUUAAAUUUAUAUUAUUAGUUUUAAAACAAUCUAGUUAUGCAAUGCAUCGUUUCAUGUGCUAGAAAAUAUUUCAUGGAAACUCGACUAUCCUCCCUAAACUGAUUCUUUUAUUUUUCAGCUAAGGCAGUGAGCAUUGGAAUCCCAGAGUGUUUUCGGAUACCUACAAACGCUAAUAUUUGGACCAGAAACCAGUGA